AUGCCCAAGCAACUGCUCGUGCCCACAGUGCGCAGCCACUUUCGUCGAACUGAGGCCAACGCCACCUCUCGCCGUGAACGCAUGGCCAAACGAGCAACCUACCUGGUGCCGAUUGACGACUCGGGCAGGGCUCCGUCGUCAGCCUCCGAAAUCUUUGUUCGGAUGGUCCUACAGGGCAAGAUACCACCUGUGGAUCACGAGGAGAGGCUUCGUAUUCAAAUGGAGCUUGAAAUCCGUGUGGUCACCAUUCCUGGGAAGGAAGAUGGGAUCUUUAUCAACCCCAACGAAUACAUUUUGACGAUGGAUGUGUGGUCCCCGUUCCCAAUGCCUAAUCGCCCUCUGGUCACUGCAAAACUCGACCGGUUUUUGGGCUGGUCGAGAGACCAGGUGGGUGCUCCGCUCUGGGCAGCGGACAUCAAGCCUAUGAGAAACGGCCCCAUAACUCGUUCUUGCCCGGCCUCAUGGUUGCGCAAAUUUGCCUCCGACACACUGGAGCAAGAUCUCUCCCUAUACGCCCGCGAGGGCUGGUUGUCUACCCUUACUGCCGUGGAUGAUUUUACGUUCCACUUUCGGAUCUUGCAAAACGCCAAGGACGACGGAUAUCCUCACCUACGUCCACAACCGCGCCCACGUCAUCGCAAGAUACUACGUGCGGACCCUGAGGUGGAGAAGCUGGUGAAUGGAGUGUUGGCGAUGCAGAUGGAUGAUGUGUUUCCGGCGCCGUGCGAUGAGAGGAAAGGCGCCGGCGUGGCCUUAGGCGAACUUUCGUCGGGGCUCGGUCGUCUGCGCGCUUGGUCACCCCUCUCUUCAUGCGGCCAUCGACGGCCUGCCUUCUCAAGUCCUGAUCACUGGCAUCUGGGCAUCAUCUGGAAAAUGUUCAAAAAGAUCCAACCCAAAGUACCUUGCCCUUGUGCUCAAUGCAACGGGGCGUGGGUACGAAGAACUACGCGCAACUCUCAUUUGAAGCAGAGUCGACGCCCUAAUACAGGCUCAUUCAUCAAAGCCAUUCCAAAGGAUGAGCUCUCCGUAUGCAAGGAGGCUCAAGCGGGAGGGAAGCAGCGCGUUGGGAGUGGGUGCUCGGGUUCGACUGAGGUGGCCCCCAGGUUGACGUCUCCAUCACUGGAUGCGGCUCAGGCGCACAGCGAGGCUUCGCCUGACGCGGUACAAGCAGGCGCCAUGCCGGAGAACGGCGAGUGGGAGGAUGUGGAAAUGGUCGACGCUGUGGUCGAUGACGAGAACAUAAGCACGGAACCUCUCACGGCAACUGAUACAGACCGGCCAAACGGCUCUCGUGGCACGCCCCAAGCAACCUUUUUGGCUGUGUGGCUGCAUCUCGUUGCACAUCUGCCGUUUAGGUUUGCCAAUGCGGUUCUUUCGGCCGUUGCGUACAUUCUUCAUGCACUGGGUCGCGUCGACCUUAUUCCCAGCCUCCCAGCAUCGCUCGCCAACACUAUCAAGUCGCUUGGCAUCGAACCAAAAUUCAAUAUUGCUCCCGUAUGCCCUCAAUGCCUCAAAGUGUUUUUGACCUCUAGCAACUCGCCCCUCAAACAGCACGCAAAAUGUACCGCAUGUGGCCACCACCUCUUUGUUCGCCACGGGCGACGAGCAAGUACCAAGACGCCACCAACCCCACAGCUUCAGUUUCCGUACGUCUCCCUCACACAACUACUUGCGACGGUUUUGGCCAUUCCCGGCGUCGAAGAAGGGCUUGAGGCUUGGCAUCGCAUCCCAAGGACCCCCGGAGUGUUCAGAGACAUCUUCGAUGGAGGAGUGUGCCGCGAUCUCCCUGGCCCAGAUGGCAAGCCGUUCUUCCGUUUUGAUCUCCAAGAUGAUCCAGACGGCGAGCUGCGAAUAGGCGUUACUCUUGCAUGCGACUGGUUUCGUGCCGCAUCUCUGUUGCUCUGGGGUAUUCUACCCGGGCCUCGAGAGGCUAAUGCGGACGAGGUGCAGCACUUUCUCAGCCUCCUCAUCAGCGAGCUUCUCUCUCUAUGGAAAGACGGUGUAUGGCUCCCAACCCCCCGAUGCCCACACGGCCGUUUGGUCAGGGUAAUUCUUGUUGGCGUAUUUUGUGACAAGCCCGCCGCUCACAAGAUUGGCGGCUUUGGCUCUCACUCUCAUACGUUUUUCUGCACACGUGAUUGGAUCACUAAGGAUAAACGGGCCACACCAGAGUCGUUCCAAGAUGGUGCAUUUCAGCCAAGAAGUGAUCACGAGCACCGCGAGAUGAUGGAAAGGUACCAGAGUUGCACAUCAACUUCGGCCCGCGACAAGUUUGUCAAGCAAUAUGCCACGCGGUGGUCGGAGCUCGCAAAGCUUCCGUACUUUGACAUGUGCCGUCAAAUCGUCGUGGAUCCCAUGCACAAUCUAUUCCUAGGCAGGCCAUCUCUGUCAUCCUACAUCUUCCAACCCAGCUCGGGCGACUCCCUUCAGCUUACCACUAUUGCCGCUAACUGGUAUGCUGAUGCCAGUCACUACCAGAUACCAGAGCUCUGGGCCACGUGCCCUCCAGAUCCGGAGGGCACCAAGCUUGCCGAAAGGAAGCUGUGGCUCAAAGGCGAAGCCCAGCGGCUCAAGGGCAUGAGCAAGCUCAAGCGUGCCAAAGCCAAGCGGCACGCAAGCCAAUCCAAGUCUGCCCUACUAACCCGCGUUCAGGGCCAGGUCACCGUCUACUUCUACAGGCAGCUAGCCAAACUCCGAGCCGACAAUCGUCACGAGAGAGGCGACCAACAGAGAAAGCGAAGCGAAAACCCCAAAUCACGGCAGGAGGCGGUUAUUGAAUCAGACGACGACGGUGCAAUUGAAGUGGAUGAAGAAGAGGAAUGGGCGGAAGAGGAAGAGGAGGAGGGCCCUGUCAAUACUGACACUCACAUGAAUCCGGCUGACGCCCCGAACUUCCUUAUGCUCUGUGCCGCGAUAUCCUUCCUUCUGCUCCCAGGCGUCAACAGCACACAGCUCCUCACCGCGUCGCAGCUGAUGCGACAGUACUGCACGCAUCUGUUGGAGAUAUACGGAGAGGAGGUCAUCAAACCAAACCACCAUUACGCCACUCACACGGCGGAGUUUGUGAGGGACUUUGGGCCGAUGAAAGAGUUCUGGACUUUCCUUUUUGAGCGCAUCAACAAGGUAUUGAAGAGCUUCAAAACUUCAGGCCACGCUGGCGGGGAGCUUGAGUGCACGUUCUUCCGAGAGUUCCACCGGAUGGUGAGGUUGAAUCAGCUUAUGUCGCAAGUGGAUGCCUCCGGUGUCGACAUCAGGGUCAAGGCUACGUUUGAUGCGAUGGGCCUUGCUACCCAAGACCUCAGAGGCACGGUGCAGGGGUUGGCCAACGACCUGAAGAGCGCACAUGAGGACGAUGGCGUUCAACUAGAGCUGGGGGCUCGUUCUAGAAGCCCGGCUCAGAUGUAUCACUCUUACAUCGAGGUAGCCCAACCGGGGUCCGUGUUUGUCCCUGAUGUCGCCACCUUCUUCGAGCACGCCGUGGUUUCUGGCACGCGAUAUCAUCCAGCGCGAAGGCAUCCGCACUCUGCCAAUAGCAUCGUCAUCAUUCCCACCGAUCGACAGCAGCCCUUCGGACGCUACUGGGUUGGGGAGCUGCAGGACAUAUUCCACUACCAGGCACCUCACAUUCCGCCCUGUCUGCUCGCCCACGUUCGGUGGCUUCAGUGCUCCGAUAUCAACAUCACCAACACACCAUGGGGGCAGUUGUGCCCUAGCGCAAACAUUUUCGGCCUGCAGCUAUUCGACGAGGGCGUGUACAUCAACUCAGCACAGCCCGGCCCUCCUCCAUUGAUCCCCCUUCAAGACCUAGUCUCUUUAGCUGUUCGACACAGCACCGUUAUCAAGGGCCAGAGGCACUACGUUACCCUAGACGGCGGCGCUAGAUGGGAGAGGCAAGCACAUGCGUUGCGGCUGCAAGGGGCCCGUAUCCUGUCUCCCCAACCUGCGGUCAUCAGCAAAAUUCGCGCGUCACACAAGCGCACCUUUAUGGCAGCUGCUCGUCCCUGUACAUGUGUACCAACUCGUCAGUCACCUCGAUCUCGAUCGCGUUCAUCCGACCUGCCUCAUCAUACCCGGCCUUGGAAGCUCGAGGGCGCGGGUGCGGCCCACAGCGAGGCUAGCCGGUGGAUGGAUUCUGGCCUUGCCGAAUCCUCGCCACUGGCAAACUUGCACAUCUCGCGGUGGGCGGCGGCGGGCCAGGGCAAGGACGAACAUGAACACGAACACGAAGCUCUGUGCUUCAACAUCCCACUACGAGCCUCAGGAACACCAAACCGAUGCAAUGGGGAUGUGGACAUGAUGGAGCCGAUUGUAUCCCAGGAGACGUCACAGAUGGAGAAGAACGAGGUGGUGUGGGGCGACUCAACGGGGCAUUGGAGGCCUUCGGCCAGCUAUGCUCGACCCCACAUUCCCGCUCUGACGCCUUUCUUCAACACUGUGCGCAACUCGCUCUUAAACCCUCUCCCCGUCGGCCACUACCUCACCAUCGUGCAUGACGAGCUCGAUAUCUGGCCGAAGGGAAACAGGCUCGUCGUCCAGGCGCGCCCACCUGGUAACCGCAUCGCGAUGAACCUCGUCAUGCUCUCCGUCAAGUUCCGCGGUGGGUCGCUCAGCGGCUCGUGCACAGCACCCAGCCUGCGCCACGAACUGAGCUUCCCAACACCCAAGUCCUCCAGCCGCCCGUGGGACACAGAGCGAGACUGGAACCAGCCUGACCGGGACCAGGACCGAGGCUGGGACGACAGAGCCGACGACGACGAUGACGACGAGCUGCCUGAACACGUCCAGAGCUUCCUCGAGUUCCCCUCCGCCGAGCCCCGCGCUCCCCACAGCCCGGACGAGAGCUCGAAUAAGACUCUGAAGGUCGGCUUCCUCCCGAUCUACCAGCCCCCGCUGCCCAAGCCUCCGCCUGGCGUCAAGCUCGGUGGGGCUCUCCCCCCGCAAAAAAAAACGCGGGAGCGAGAGCGAGAGUGGGAACGCGACAGCAACUCGGACGCGGAUGAGGACUCGCACCCGCUCUCCACAUCCGCGCUCGCGAAAGGCCAACGGACGCGUCGCAUCCCCGUCCACGAGCCCCGGGCCUGCGGCGACCGAGUUCCCCAGACGGUGGCACCCUCGAUAUCCGAAAUUAUCCGCGCCCAUGCCCCUGUCGAGCAGCAGACGCGGUCCCGCAAAACGUCGUAUGCGACCAGCUAUGGGCACGACUCUGCACCCAGCAGCUCUCGCACGCGCCUGAAGUCGCCUACACCCGAGCCCGAACCCGCACCGUCACCAGAGACUGAGGAUGAGGUGGACAUGGUUUCGCGUUCCUCCGUCGACACGCUCGCAGAGGAGAUCCAACGGAGCAUGCAGGCGCAGAAGCAGGCUGCACAAGGCCCGCUCUCACCAGCCGAUGGGUGCGCAUUCCGCUGCGGAGCACGAGUCCACGACGCACGGGGGUUCGGAUCUCCGCGUCCGACCACAGACGCGAGGCGGGAGAGCUCGAUCUACUCGAAAUCGACGACGAUCUCGGACCAGCCCCCAUUGCCGCCGUUCAGUCAACUUCCCGUAGCAGACGAUCGCGCAGUACCUCCGCUCUACCCACCUCACGAGCCUGCUCAGGGUCACGCGCUCGCCGCACGCCUUGCGAGUCGCGAGGGAGCCCGCUCACGCUCCCCCCGGCAUACUACUUGGGCCCCUCACGUAGAAACUAGUUAG